AUGCUCAUGGCGACGAUGGUCUCGGUGAUCAACCACCCGCUGGCGCAGCAGGAGGCCCUCGUGAGUCUGGCCGAGUGCGUGCUCCGGAGUGAAAAAGCCGCGGGGCUCGCCCGGCUCGAGGCCAUGUCGGUCGAGGACGAGCGUCGCCUCUUGCUCUCUCGCGUCGACAGCGAGGCGUACGUUGCGAUUGCGAUCGGGGAAGGCCCGUCGCUGCACGACCACGUCGCGGCACUGCGCUCGGAGCUCGCAGACGCGCGCGUGAUGCAGGCCGCGUCGCAAGCCACGCUCGAGCAAUUGGUGGCACUCGUGCACGCGUGGAAAAAGGACAAGUCGUCGUGA